AUCCACUAGGUGGCGUUACAGUUUAUAUUCACAAGAACACAUAUCCUGUCUGAAACGUCAGCAUAUUUUACCGGCUCUCUGGAAAAGGCUGUCAACUGAGAAGUUGGAAAAACUGCAAAAAUGGGCUUCGUGAAAGUAGUGAAAAGUAAGGCGUACUUCAAGAGAUACCAGGUGAAAUUCAGGAGAAGGCGAGAGGGUAAGACUGACUACUUUGCCCGUAAGCGCCUGGUCAUCCAAGACAAGAACAAGUACAACACACCCAAAUACAGGAUGAUUGUGAGGUUCUCCAACAGAGAUAUCUGUUGCCAGAUUGCCUACGCCAAGAUCGAGGGAGACCAGAUUGUCGCUGCUGCCUAUUCCCAUGAGCUGCUUAAAUAUGGCAUCACCGUGGGACUGACAAAUUACGCUGCAGCCUACUGCACGGGCCUUCUGCUGGCCCGCAGGCUGCUGAACAAGUUCGGCCUGGAUCAGGUGUACGAGGGCCAGGUGGAGGUGACUGGAGACGAGUUCAACGUGGAGAGUAUAGACGGCCAGCCGGGGGCCUUCACGUGUUUCCUAGACGCUGGGCUCGCCAGGACGUCCACAGGAAACAAGGUGUUCGGAGCACUAAAGGGUGCUGUCGACGGUGGGCUCUCAAUUCCUCACAGUACAAAACGAUUCCCUGGCUACGACGUGGAGAGCAAAGAGUUCAACACAGAGAUGCAUCGCAAACACAUCAUGGGCAUGAACGUGUCGGACUACAUGAGCUACCUGAUGGAGGAGGACGAAGACGCCUACAAGAAACAGUUCUCGCGCUUCAUAAAGAACGGAGUCACGCCAGACACAGUAGAGGAGAUGUACAAGAAAGCACACACCGCCAUCAGAGAGAACCCAGUCCACGAAAAGAAACUCAAAAAAGAGGUCAAAAAGAAGAGGUGGAACCGCGCCAAACUUUCGCUGGCACAGAGAAAGGACCGCGUCGCCCAGAAAAAGGCCAGCUUUCUACGUGCACAGGAAGCAGAGGCAGCGGACGGUUAGAGGGACGGGGACCACUGCCCGUUCCAAAGACAACCACUGCACAUUGGCUUAAUAAAUUUAUUGCAAAUGA